UAUGAACCCAACACGACAUCACAAAACGCAGGGGACAUUGUUGUGGAGUGCCGCGAAAAUUUCAAACAAGCAACAAGCAAGAAGCAACGACGAACAAGCAGCCGUGGAGAUGGAGCAGCCCGUGUUUGAGUACGAGUGGAACGUGGCCAUGGAAGGCAGCAAAGAGGCACGCCUCCGCCUCAUUGCAGAGCGAAAGGAAGAGCUCCAAACCCUCAUCUUGGACGCCAAGCAGAACGAUGCAGACAUCACAGAGCUACUCGAAGAGUGGAAGGCGCUCUUGGAAGCCCAAAACCGCAUCUUCACACAGGAAAUCGAGCAGGAGAACCUCAGGAUGAAACAGAACGCCAUGUCAGACUUACACACACUCCUUCACGACAUCAUUAAGAGCAAGGUCGAGUUCACGCCUGCAGAGAAACAACUGCAGCAGUGCAUCAAGGCCACCUUUCGCGCCGUAAGCAAAUACGUCGAAACGAACCGCAUCGACAAGUCAUCCCAACAAAAACACCAACAACACAGCCACCUCAGGCAGCAAGCAGCAGUCGCAAGUCAGGAUGUACCAGUCGUAUCCACAACAGCCGCACCGCCACCGCCGCCGCCUCCUCCACCACCUCCACCGCCCAUGGCACCACUUGCACAGAGUGUAUCGAUGGUAGCAGCACCCACAUCAACGAGAAUGGCCUCACUCGACAGCAGGGAAGACACGGAAAACACAGCACCAGCGCUCCCGAACACCUCAUCAGGCCCAACAAUAGCAGCGUGCCUGCAAGAUCAACUCUCUGCUGCUGUCAGGCACCGCUCAGAAUCAUCCACCGAAUCAAAGCAAGCCUGCACACCUCAGGUGAUGCGAACACCACUGCGAGAUGUGAAUCGGUCCUUCUUGACAGACAUUACCAUGACAGGGAAGUCGGCCUUGAAGAAGACAAACCUUCCCCGCUCACCCGGCGGCACGCCUUGUCGCCGACGACGUGCGCCAUCCCUCAUGGACAGCCACGACUUGAUUGCAUUUGCACUGAGGAACAAGUUCAAGUCCGUCACCCACAGCCCGCUCAGCGACCGCUCAGCGUCAUCAAACUUCAACAGCCCCUUAUCCUCCGUUGGCCGCCAGUCCCAUCCACCUACACCGUUCUAAUCGCACCCCAGACAAAUGCACGCCGCAACAGCUGCUGUUCCCCCCUGCGCCCUGGUUCUCCUGCUUUGAGAGAGUUGUCGUUACACGCAAAGACAGCGUUCCCCCAACAAAGCGAGCA